ACCUGGAACUGUCAACGUUGGAAUGGUUGUGUAGACAUAUAAGUAUGAGCAGUACAGAUGGGCCGUCAACCAAGAAAAGUUUCGAAGAGUUGAAUAACAGCGAAGUAAGUGGUAUAAUAAGUAGCGCAUAUAUGGAAUUGCUAGAAUGGGAUUUUCAAAAUGCCUAUCCUGAAACCCUAAAGAUCGAUCGCUUACGGUUGGAGGCCAUAGCCAUGAAAUAUUUACAGUUGAUCGUAUGUACCAGUUGUGUACUAGUUUCUUGCAAUCUUGCUGGAAAGGAUGUAGCCCAAGUUAAGGAUUUUAAAACGAAUUUGAAAAACGACGUAAUCGUUAUUACUAAUGAUAUCAAUAAAAGCAACGUAAUGGAUCGUCUUGAAGCAGUAUCUGUUCUUUGUAAUGACAGAAUAUCGAAAUGUUGCAAAGCAUUAAGCAUUAACUGGACUGAAGAAAGAUCCACUGAACUGAAGGAACAAAUUUUGCAAAUUACAGAUCCUAUAAAUCAUGUCCGGAAGCUUAUCCGCGACAGAAUACACAACUUCAUUUUUUCGAUAAUCUCAAAUCGAACACCAUCCUAUCAGCAGCGAUUUCCACCCGGUUUAUCAGUAAUACAUGAAGAACUUUCAGCUCUUACUGCACGUUUUGUACGUAUUGUAAAUCAUAAUAGAGAAACUUUCAGUUCAUAUUAUGACCAGCUAAUUAAAAGGCUGAUGAAUAACUAA